UCCGGAAUGGUGUCCCCAAAGGCCGCGGCUGCCCUGCUGGUGAUACACACGGCCACCAUGCUGGCUGCCCAGAAGGCCUUCAUUCCCAUCUUCACCUACAGCGAGCUGCGGAGGACACAGGAAAGGGAGCAGAACAAAAGGCUAAGGAAGUCCCUGAGCGUACAGCAGAGGUCAGAGGCAGCAGGGCGGCUGGAGCCCCAGGAGGUCAUGGAGGAAGAAGAAAAUGGGGUGAUCAAGCUGACUGCUCCAGUGGAAAUUGGCGUGGGGCUGAGCUCCAGGCAGCUGGAAAAGCACCGGGCCGUCCUGGAAGCUCUGCUCAGUGAGGCGCUGCCGCCCCCCAGCCUGGUAUUCGGAGGGCAGCGGCCAGUGACAGCUGCUUGGGAGUGAGGACCGACAUGGGUGCCUGUCCUCCAAGUGCAGCCGGGGAAGACCGCUCUCUCCAAGGCAGACUCCUCCAGCAAAUAAAGCACAAAACACCCUG